GGGCGCUGGCCCUGUUGUCCACGGGUCCUUGGGCCGGGCUGUGUAUGUGUGUGGUGGUAGCUCAGCAGGAAGGUUUUGUAGCGUCUUUAUUACUUCAUGGAGAAAGGAAGGGGUUUUUUGUGGCCUGCUCCUCCUGGCUCCAUCCUCUGUGGGGCCUCUUUCCUGUAGUCCCAUCUCAGUUCCGUGUCUGGAUCCAUGUAAGGAAGAUUUUCUAUAAUUGGUUGACCCGGUUCUGAAGGAACGGAGUUAUUCUCUUCGUGAGGCCCUCGCCCCAUGGCGAUCAGGGUGCCGUAGUUACUCUGGGCAUUCCGUACUGACACGCAUGCUACAGUUAGUUUUCUGGCACUUCUGUAUUUCGGCUUUUCCUCUCUUCUUCUUCUUCUGGAUUCUGGUGCGUCAGUGGCUCUAAAACGUAUGUUGAAUUUCAAUGUGCCACCUGUAAAAAACACUACAGGUGAACCAGUAUGGAAAGUUCUCAUUUAUGACAGAUUUGGCCAAGAUAUAAUAUCUCCAUUAUUGUCAGUGAAAGAAUUAAGAGACAUGGGCAUUACUUUGCAUCUUCUUCUGCACUCUGAUCGAGAUUCUAUUCCAGAUGUCCCUGCAAUAUAUUUUGUAAUGCCAACAGAGGAAAAUAUUGACAGGCUGUGCCAGGAUCUUAGAAAUCAGCUUUAUGAAUCUUAUUAUUUAAAUUUUAUUUCUGCCAUUUCAAGAAGUAAACUGGAAGAUAUUGCAAAUGCUGCUCUGGGUGCCAGUGCAGUAACACAAGUGGCUAAGGUUUUUGACCAAUAUCUCAACUUCAUUACUUUGGAAGAUGAUAUGUUUGUAUUGUGCAAUCAAAAUAAGGAGCUUGUUUCAUAUCGUGCCAUUAACAGACCAGAUAUAACAGACACAGAAAUGGAGACUGUUAUGGACACAAUUGUAGACAGCCUUUUCUGUUUUUUCGUUACACUUGGAGCUAUUCCAAUAAUCCGAUGCUCAAGAGGAACAGCAGCAGAAAUGGUGGCAGUGAAACUAGAUAAGAAACUCCGAGAGAACCUCAGAGAUGCCAGAAACAGCCUUUUCACAGGUGAUACUCUUGGGGCUGGACAAUUCAGUUUCCAGAGACCUCUCUUAGUACUUGUUGACAGAAACAUUGAUUUAGCAACUCCUCUACACCAUACAUGGACCUACCAAGCCUUAGUGCAUGAUGUACUGGAUUUUCAUUUGAACAGAGUUAUUUUGGAAGAGUCUUCAGGAAUGGAAAAUUCUCCAGCAGGUGCUAGACCAAAGAAAAAAAAUAAAAAGUCAUAUGAUUUAACUGCAGCUGAUAAAUUUUGGCAGAAGCAUAAAGGAAGCCCUUUCCCAGAGGUAGCAGAGUCAGUCCAGCAGGAGCUAGAGUCUUACAGAGCUCAAGAAGAUGAGGUCAAGAGGCUUAAAAGUAUAAUGGGACUAGAAGGUGAAGAUGAAGGAGCAAUAAGUAUGCUUUCUGAUAAUACAGCUAAACUAACUUCAGCUGUUAGCUCUCUUCCAGAGCUUCUAGAAAAGAAAAGGCUCAUAGAUCUUCAUACAAAUGUGGCAACAGCUGUUCUGGAACACAUAAAGACACGGAAACUAGAUUUGUAUUUUGAAUAUGAAGAAAAAAUCAUGAGCAAGUCCACGUUGGAUAAAUCACUUUUGGACAUGAUUUCUGACCCUGAUGCAGGAACUGCAGAAGACAAGAUGCGACUGUUUCUUAUCUACUACCUGAGUUCAGUACAGUUGCCUUCUGAGGCAGAUUUGGAACAAUACAAAAAAGCGCUGACAGAUGCAGGGUGUAACCUUAGCCCCUUAAACUACAUUAAACAAUGGAAAGCUUUUGCCAAGAUGGCUUCAGCUCCAACUACCUAUGGAAACAGUGCAACCAAGUCACUGGGCCUUUUCUCACGUGUCAUGAAUACAGGAUCCCAGUUUGUGAUGGAAGGAGUCAAGAAUUUGGUGCUAAAGCAACAGAAUCUUCCAGUCACCCGUAUUUUAGACAACCUUCUGGAGAUGAAAUCAAAUCCUGAAACAGAUGACUACAGAUAUUUUGACCCUAAGAUGUUGAGAGGCAGUGACAGCUCAAUUCCAAGAAACAAAAAUCCAUUUCAGGAGGCAAUUGUGUUCAUAGUUGGAGGAGGCAAUUACAUUGAAUACCAAAACCUUAUUGAUUACAUAAAGGGCAAACAAGGUAAACAUGUCCUGUAUGGCUGUAGUGAGCUCUUUAAUGCUGCACAGUUUUUAAAACAGCUUUCCCAACUUGGACAGAAAUAGGACAGGAAAAGAUCAUUAUCUGGCAUUCUAACAAAGUGUGAAGAAAAGAUCAUGGCAACAGUUAACAUCUUAACCUGUGCAUAAUAUUUAAAUCUCAGCUGAUUCAUUAAAUUGGUGAUUUUUAUGAAAGGAUAUUCUGUACUUAUAUAUAAUACACACUUCGUGUAGAAUAAUAUCAAAUAAACCACAACACUUGGA